CACGUUUUGACAUGCAAGGCCUGGCAUGUCUGGAGGCAUCAAAAAACUAUGCCCUUUAAGGCAAGACGUUUCAGAUUUCUUAGUACCAGGAAUGAUCAAAUGAAUGUCCCCGAGCUCGAAGCCCCAAGAUCUGUGCAACUCUCAGCAUCCUUGAUCAUUUCCCAAAGAUGAAUUUUGAAAGAAAAAUGCACGAGGAGAAAGAAUGGGUGUAAUGCAGAUCACUUUGUAUGGUGGGUCACGGCCAACGGCUACGGAUGGCACUAGUCUUCUUUAGAGUCCACCCUGGGAUUAUUCCUGGAAGUGCUAAAAGCAUUUAAGAGGACGCCUGUGGGACUGUUGCUUCCAACGGCACUUCUACAGCGGUCAUGGCAAGCAAACGGAAGUCAACAACUCCAUGUAUGGUACGAGCAUCUGAAGCCCCGGAGUCUGGUGACCCCAUGGACUGCAGUGUAGGGAAAGCACCUGGUGCUCCUGAGCAGGACUUAGAAAAUAAUUUGGCAGCCAGCAAGGAUGUUUUUGAGAAUGACUGUGAAGUGAUCGAGGGGAAAUCAUCUCCAGCCAACCCAACAAGGAAAACCCUCGGUGGUUACGAAUGUAAGUACUGCCCGUUCUCCAGCCAGAACCUGAACGAAUUCACAGAGCAUAUAGACACGCAACACCCCAAUGUGAUUCUCAACCCCCUCUACGUAUGCUCCGAAUGUAACUUUACAACCAAAAAGUACGAUUCCUUAUCCGAGCACAACGCAAAGCUCCAUCCAGGAGAAAACAAUUUCAAGCUUAAGUUAAUCAAGCUCAACAAUCAGACAGUCCUAGAACAAUCCAUUGAGGUGACAGGCGGUCCAGCUGUGGUUGAAACCGUUGACUAUGAAGGGGCAGGCGAUACAAACAAAGGAGCCCAGAUCAUUAACCCAGGAAAGCCUAAAAGUGAGGCCAAGAAAGCUUCAGUUGACAACCAUCUUGAUGGGGUUCCUCAACUUCCUCCAGAUAUCACUGAGUCAAUUACUUGUAUUAAUGGAGCAGAAGUCCUUCAAGAUAUCCUGGCCCACGUGAUGCCUUCCGUACAGCUCCCGCCAAAUAUCAACCUAGUUCCCAAAGUCCCUGUUCCCCUGAAUAGUACCAAAUACAAUUCUGCACUAGACACUAACUCUACCAUGAUCAGCUCCUUCAACAAGUUUCCGUAUCCUACACAGGCAGAAUUGUCGUGGCUGACUGCUGCCUCCAAGCACCCCGAAGAGCAGAUUCGAAUUUGGUUUGCCACUCAGCGCUUGAAGCACGGCAUCAGCUGGUCUCCCGAAGAGGUGGAAGAGGCAAGGAAGAAGAUGUUCAAUGGCACCAUCCAACCAACACACCAGACCAUUGCUGUCCUCCCAGCCCAUGUUGCCACAGCCAAGAUGCCCCAGCCACUGAUUCAGACAGCUGUGCCUUGUCAGAUACUCAGUCAGACUGGCCUGGUAUUGACCCAAGUCUCGAACGGAUCAAAUGUUUCCCCAAUUACCCUCACAGUAGCUGCCAACCAGGGUCAAAAACGGGGUGGGCAGAACCAGCUGGCUGUCCCAGAAGCCAAACGUCAACAUGUCAACCCAACAGAAGCCUUGGCCAAGCAGAACGUGUCUGCUGCUCCAGUAAGCACAACAACAGUGCCACACUCUACCGUACUGGCAACAUCACCCAGCGACCGCAAAAAAACCAAGGAACAGAUUGCUUCUCUGAAGGCAAGCUUCAUUGUCACUCAGUUUCCUGACGAUGCGGAAGUUUACAGGCUAAUUGAAGUCACUGGGCUCUCAAGGACUGAGAUCAAGAAGUGGUUCAGCGACUAUCGUUACCGGACUCAGCGGGGAAUUAGCCAUAUCACGAGUGACUCUGUAGCCAAGGACCAACUUGCUCUAAGUAGCGCACGACAGGACCACACCUAUCAUCCCUAUCCGGAUUUCAUUUUCCAGCAGUUCAAAGGAAAAACUCAAAAACAAAUCGCCAUCCUCGAGGAGAGUUUCCUUAAAAACGCUUUUCCCACACAUAUCGAGUUGGAAAGGCUUAGGACCGACGCCAGGAUGACCAGAAAAGAGGUUGAAUGCUGGUUUGCCGAGCGGAGAAAACUUAGGGAUAAUAUGGAACAAGCCGUCUUAGACUCAAUGGGAUCAAGCGUAAAGAAUAAGGACGCAGUUGCUUCUAACGGUGCAACCAAUCCAACAGAGCAGGUCAGCAUCUCCCAACCCCCAACGUCUUCGCUUAAGUCCUCCACGGCCUUUGCACCAAGCAGUCAAGAGCAGGUCCGCUUACUGAAGAGUACGUUUGUUAGAACUCAGUGGCCUUCCCCACAGGAGUAUGAUGAAUUGGCAGCUCAGACGGGACUCACCAGAACAGAAAUAGUCCGUUGGUUUAAGGAGAACAGAAGCUCACUAAGAAUGGGGACCUUGAAAUGGCUAGACCAGUAUCAACAGCAGAGCGUCACUGAUGAAUGUGUAGAAACUAAGGGUCCCAAGCCACCUGGGACAAAGAAUAAUCAUGAGGAUGUUCAGCUACCCAACAAGGGGAGCCAGAAAGUUGGGAAGCUCAGUGCAGAAAGUCCAGAACCAUCUGAUGUUCAGAUUAGCCAAAAUAGUCAGCGGAGUAUAGAUGACGAUGCUGCUUCAGACUGCAUAGAGAGCUGGAACGAAUCGGGACCUAAAAGCAAAACAGAUUUUGAUUCUGAAAGUAUAGCUGGGGAUAAUGCUCACACCUAGACAGGUAAUAACAUGGAUGCUUUUGUCAAUCUAGCUUUUAGCCCUGCCUCUUCCUUCCUCUUGAUUUACUUUUUCUCAGUGCCAGCGUAUUUUGAGCAGAGUAUUUUUUUUAAAAACGAUGUACACAGUGAUGCUCUAGAAACUGAACUGUUCGAACUUGGUAAUUUUGAGAUUUGUGGACUUCAACCCCCAGAAUUCCCUGUUGCUGGCUGAGGAGCCGAGGCGGCGCAGUGGUUAAAUGC